AUGGAGAUUCCACUCGCGUUUUAUCAGAGCUUAAGACUAGACGAAAACCAGAGCAAUAGUCGAGAGUCAUGUUAUUCCAAUCCAAAGGUUUUCAAUUUCCCGCGGUUUUCUGGAUACGAUUUCUCGCUCCGCCGAAGAAGAUGGAAGAACCCAUUUGCGAGAAUCACUUGCUCUUCUCUAGUUCAAGGGCUGAAACCUAAACCGAGGCUGAAAUCGGAACCAAUCAGAGAAACCGGCGGCGAUGACGAGGGAUCGAAAGGUCCGGUUUUGGACGAGACCCAGAUCAGGAAAUCUGGUGUUAGGAUAUGUAGUCAGAUUGAAAAAUUUGUUCUUUGCAAUAGAUUUAGGGAAGCGUUUGAAUUGUUUGAGAUUCUGGAGAUUCGAGGUAGUUUUCGCGUUGGGUACAUGAAAUGUUGGAAUCUUGAUGAUGAAAACAGGCAAAUAUAUCAAAAAGUUGAUGAAGUAAUGGAGGAAAUCUCUGGUUUUGGGUACUCGGCGGGGGAGAGAAAUGUUUUGCCUGAUGUCGAGGAGGAAGAGCGGCGAGUAGUGAGAUAUCACAGUGAGAAGCUUGCGAUAGCUUAUGGAUUGGUGAAUACGCCGGAGUGGAAUCAGUUGCAGAUAACUCAGAACCAUAGGAUAUGCAGAGAUUGUCAUAAAGUUGUUGAGUUCAUAUCUUUGGUUACAGGUAGAGAGAUUGUAGUGAGAGAUGCGAGCAGGUUCCAUCAUUUUAAAGAAGGGAAGUGUUCUUGUGGAGGAUAUUGGUGA